CAAGGUGCCACACACUCAGGGAGCCGACAUGACGUCCAAGAUGGUCGUCAAGCAGCCUCAGCCCGUCAUGGUCCACCAAGACUCCAACGAGUGGGGCAGCGGCAUCUGCGACUGCUGCGACGACGUGCCCAUGUGCUGCUGCGCCUUCUGGUGCUUUCCUUGCUUCGCCUGCAUGACGGCCAAGAAAUACGGCGAGUGCCUCUGCCUCCCCUUGGUGGACGUCCUGCUCAGCCCCUUCGUCCCUCCCGUCACCAUGUCCACCAGGGUGUCCAUGCGCCAGCUCUACGGCAUCCGGGGCUCCAUGUUCAACGACUGCGUGUGCGCCACCUUCUGCGCGGCGUGCGUUUGGUGCCAAAUGGCGCGCGAGAUGAAAGCGCGGGCCAUCGAAAUCGUGCUGGUGAACAAACACACUAAGACCUUGGCCUAACAGCAUAAACGCUCCUUUUCACACUUUGGAGGGGGGUCGUUGGAGGGGUGGUGGGGGGGUCACACGUUUGUAAAACGCACGCUGGCAAUCCAUCGAUGCCUUGACUUAAGAGAGCUCCCAUUUACAACAGCUUUAAGUUUCACUGCUGGGUUGUUGUUGUUGUUGUUGUUUUUUUUUGCUUUCA